GCAGGAGAAGGAUCAGGUCGAGGACGCUUCCAAUCGCAGAGCACUGUGGCCGAAGUCCAGUCCAGAGCAGAGACCGCAAUGUCGUUUGCUCAAACGCGCGCGGCGUCAACGGCGCACAGGACGCGUUCCGCAAAGUCGCGCCACAGCCUCAGCCACAGCCGGUCGCCGCUCGCUCUCACCGCCCGCUCCCCCGCAUUCAGGUCCAGAAAAUAUUCCCGCCCUGUCGUCCCUCGCACACCUCAAUCCGCUCCACCCAACCAACACCGCAACCAUGCCCAAAUCGCUCUCAAAAGUACAAAAGCAAAUCGCCAAGAAGCGCGGCUCCGCCGGCAAGGCGUCGGCCAUGCACGAGAACAGCAGAGACCACCACCGGCUGCAGGCCGCAGGCGUGCGCGACGAGAAGAUUGCCCGCAUCAUAGCAAGCCGGUCCAAGCAGAACCAGCCAUACCUCCUCCGCAUUGCACACUUCCGCGGCGCCGCCGAGGCCCUUCCGCUCCCCCUCGCUCCCAUCCCCAUCUCCGACACCGUCUCCCUAAUCCAGUCGUACGUUUUCCGUGAUGACGAGGAGCUGAGUCAGCUCAAAAAGUCGCGGCGGGCGGGGCGCCCGCCUUCGGUGCGCGAGAACAUGCUGCGCCAGCGGCGCGAGGCUGAGGAGAAAGAGUUUGAGUCUGGCUUCUAUGUGCCUGACAUGCAGGACGAGAUGACGCUGGCACGGCUGCGCAACUGGGACGGUGAUUGGGUCGGUUGUAAUGCCAUGAAGUUCGUCCGGAUCAGCAAGGCCGGUGAGAAGAAGGAGAGCAUCUGGCCGCCAAAGGGCAUGAGCUGAGGGCGUGGACGCUGCAUAUUGUUUGUCAAACAACCCGGCACGGAGAGCCGCAUCGAAUUGGCUCCUAUCGGCUGUUAUGCCUAGGCAUUAGCGCCUAGAAAGUCAUUGUCAUGCCACCGUGGUGCGACUUCCGGGUAGAAGAGGGGAGGCCCAAACUGGUCACCAACAAGAGUCAGUGAGGCGCAAGUGUAUGGGUAGGCACAAUUACUCUUUUGGCGGACAAUUGCUUCGAGAAAGACAAGGAGUUGGCAUCGGCGUGGUAGAGUAAGAUACUUGGGGUUACGGAUGUCUCCAUAUCACCAUGGUUAACGUUCGUCAUCACGAACCGAGAUUCACCGUAUAGCGAGACAGUGGACAAUACAAGCAGUCCCUACAGAGCACUUCUUGGCCAGCUCCUGGCCCGAGUUUUACGUAUAGAUAAAAAGGCCUUAGAG